AUGACCGGGCUCCUCCUGUCGAACCAGAACGUCAGCAAAGACAUUCCAUUCCCGACGAACGUGCCUCCAAAGAACGAAACGGACAGUCUACUCUUUCUACAGGCGCCUUGCUUUCAUACGCCCGGAAAUUACAUACAAGGCUGGAAUGUCUAUCUCAUGAUUCUCGUGUGGUAUGCAAUCUCCAUACUAGCAGAGCUGGGCCGAUGUUGCUACCGACGCAAGGGCAGGAACCGCGGCGACGGACAGACGAACGGUAUACUUGAACGCGACGAGGGUGGACAGAGUGAGGAAGACGACGCCACGUCUUUCAUUCAACUCGUGCCUGUUAUCUUGACCGGGCUGACGGCGUUCACAUUCCUCUCAAUGCUCAGCGGUCGGCCAGCAGCGUAUCUAAGCACAGUAACCAGCGCGCAUGGAGUUAAUUGGGAUUACAACGGUUUCUCUCACUGCAACAAGUCUCGGUGCAGACUUUUCGUCAAUCCGGAAAAGUAA